AUGCCUGGUUUACCACCAGAUUCCUGUACUCAUCAUGUUCCUAUGGGACUUGCAAGUUAUCUUUCUGCUCCCACUCAAAGUGUUAUAAAUGCUCAAAAUCAGAAUGAUUCUCGAAUCCAAGGUCAAGAGUCUAUUCGUGCAGACUCAAAUUUAUCAUCAACAACAACUAGUACUCCACAACCAUGGUGGAAACGCAAGAGCAAUUGUUUGUUAAGAAGACGUAAACGCCGAAAAAAUGAACUCGAAGAUCUACAAUCUUGGACUGUUAAUUAUCCAAUCAGUGGACCUGGCACCGAUGAACGAACUUGGGAUGAUGCGAUCGGUUCCUAUAGUCAGGUUCUUGGUGAACGUGCUAAAAGGCGAAAAAGAAUGGUUAAACAAAGUGGGAAUUUGGAUUCAGACUACGUUUUUGAAAACGACAAGGACUAUCCAAAGUGA